UCUCAUUCCAUGUGAUUCAAUACUUUGAUUUCGAAUAGUCUGUCGGUCUCUCUCUACUAACAAACUUUAGUCUAUAGAAACGUGGUAGUACUUAUAAAAAUGCAGGUUCCAGCGAUUUUUAUGGAAUUACCUUUAGAAGAUCAGGCACAGGAACUGAGGGUAUAUUUUAAAGGUUUGGGUGCUGAAAUUAGCGAAGAAAAAUCUCCGAAGGGUAUCGAGGAUGAUUUGCACAAAAUUAUUGGCGUGUGUGAAGCCUGUUUUAAAGAGGGUAACGAAAAUGAAAUUGAAACUGUGUUAAAUGACAUUGUAUCAAUUAUGAUAGUGAUUCCUACGGAACGGGCAGAAAAUUUAAUAUUAGCAUUUUGUGAAAAACUAACCAAAGCGCCUGGUUACAAACUUGGUUUAGUGUGCUUAAAAGCAUUAUGGUUGUUAUUCCAAUCUCUUUCUGAUGACUCUCCAAUGAGAUAUCAUGUUUAUUACCACAUAGUUCAAAUUGCACGCAAUGUGGAACAAGUAAAAGCAGUGUACGGAGGAAUACAACAAUUGAAACAACAAUUUGCAUCAUUCCCACCAUCGACCGAACAAAUGCAAAAAUUACUAAGGUUACUUCAUGAAGUACUUUUAAGUUGCAAACAAGGAGAACAGGCUGCUGCAGUUAUGGUGGAACUAUUAGGAACUUAUACAGCAGAAAAUGCUUCUGCAGCCAGAGAAGAUGCACAACGUUGUAUUUUAGCUGCAUUAGCAGAUCCAAACACAUUUCUACUUGAUCCGUUACUUGCAUUAAAACCAGUGAAAUUCUUAGAAGGGGAACUCAUUCAUGAUUUACUUUUGGUAUUUGUGAAAGAUAAAUUACCUGGAUACCUACACUUUUAUCAACAUCACAAGGAAUUCGUAGAACAUCAACUUGGAUUAAAUCACGAACAGAACAUGAAGAAAAUGAGAUUAUUAACAUUCAUGCAAUUAGCGGAAACGAACCCUGAAAUGUCAUUUGACACAAUACAGGAGGAAUUGCAGAUUACAGAAGAUGAAGUGGAAAGCUUCAUUAUUGAUGUACUAAAAACAAAACUCGUUAGAGCUCGUAUGGAUCAAGCUGGUCGCAAAGUUCUUAUUUCAAGUACUAUGCAUAGAACGUUUGGUCGGCCACAGUGGAUGCAGCUACGUGAUUUAUUAGCAGCCUGGAAAGCAAAUUUAUCAAAUGUUCAAGAGGGUAUGAAAUCUGUUGCCGCUGCACAAAUGGAGCUUGCUGCAAAAAAUAAAGUCGUAAUCAACCAUUGAUAACCGAGGUUGUAUAUACAUAUAAAAUUGAUAACUUACGUAUACAACGAUUAAAUGAAAAUUGCAAUUAAUUAAUUUUUUAAUUAAUUACUUCAUAAU